AUGCCCCCCAAAACAACCCCGUCUCCCAACAUCAUCGGCAUCUACGGCCUCCCCGGCGCCGGCAAGACCACCAUCCUCUCCCAGCUCCGCCUGACCGGCGACAUGUCUCCCGCCUACUACGACUACUACGAAGGCUCCGAGGUGAUCGACUCCAUCGUGGACGGCGGGCUGGCCGCGUUCAAGCAGCUGCCGCACGCCGACAAGCAGCGGCACCGCGCCACGGCCAUCCGGCACGUCGGCGACGAGGCGCGGCGCAGCGGCAAGGGCGCCAUCGUGGCCGGCCACUUCAUGCUGCCCGCGACGUCGGGCGAGUCCGACGACGACCUCGACACCGAGCUGCAGCAGGUGUGCACCGACGCCGACCUCGACACCUUUACGCACAUCGUCUACCUCCAGGCGGACCCCGAGGUGGUGCGCAGGCAGCGCGCCGGCGACCAGAGGCGCGCGCGCAAGGCGCUGCCGGCCGACGAGCUUGGGAGGUGGCAGCAGGCGGAGAUGAGGGGGCUUUUUGAGCUGUGCGUCGAUUUUGGGAUCGUGUUUGCGGUCGUGGUGGCUGCCAAAGGGAGAAAGCUGCGCCGCAUAGUGGAUUUGUGUGCGUUUUGGAGCACGGGUGAGGAGGAGAAUGUGGACGCUGCUUUGGACAAGGUUAGGGAGCAGGUUGACAGCGCCCGGCUCGAACAGGCCAAGACCAUUGUCGUGUUCGAUGCGGACCGCACUCUUGCUCCUUAUGAUUCUGGGGUGAUGUUCACCGACGAGGCUGACGCGGAUGGGUACCUCGGACAUCAAGACGACAAGAUGGGCGGGCUGCUCAAGAGGGUCUUCGGCGGACCCCUAGGUUACUCGCACCGCGCGUUCCAGCAGGUCUCGGUCAUGCUCGAGGGUCUGGUCUACCGUAGCGCGCAUAGUCUCGAGCUGCAGGACUUGUACGACGCCACGUGCGAUCUUGUAGCCGGCCACAUCGGAAUGUACCAAGACAUGAUUAUGCACCUGGGGCAGCUCACCUGGAACCAAGAUAUCCUGCCCGUGGUGGUGACGUGCGGUGUCCGCCAGGUCUGGGACAAGGUGCUCCAGCGAGAGAAUCUGCGCGUCCCCGUCAUCGGCGGCGGGCGGGCCAAGGAUGGCUACGUGGUCACGCCAGAGGUCAAGGCUGCGGUCGUGGAAUGGCUCGCCACCAGCGGCUGCGACGGCCGACGGGAAGUCUUUGUGUAUGGCGACAGCCCGCUUGACAUCCCCAUGAUGGCUCGCGCAGACCACGCCUUUGUGGUGGUUGGGGACGAGAAGACGAGAAGCUCUACGAUGGACGCGGAGUUAAAGAAGGCCAUUCGAGGCAAGAUUUUCCGCAAGUCUAGGAACAAGAGGUUCGACACCCACGUCUGGCAGGUCGUGAUGGCUUCGAAAAUCACCCCCCGUCCAGGUCUGCCUAUUACAGAGCUGGAGUGGCCUCAGGAGUGCGCCGUGCUCCAGAAACCAUCGAGGUUCGCCUCUCUAAAGACCUCCAUCACCGACCUCGUGGAAACGACCAAGAGGCGAGGCAAAGAGCUGUGCAAGAUCGACGAGUUGGAGUCCUACUCUUACUCUUACUCCUCGGACUCGUCCAUCUGCAACAGCUACAGAAGCACAGGCCAAUACACCGUACUCAACUACGAGCCGCACGACAACACCAACAUAGCUUUGCACGUCGCCCCCUCGUCAGCCUCCAAGCUCCUCUCCUCGCCCAUGCGCGACGCCUCCAUUGCCGGCCCGGCACUGCAGGAGGCGCACGUGCAGGCGGGACGGUACAUGGCGACGCAUCUCGUCUCCGAGCUGCUCGGCCUGGAGGAGUACAGCAUCCCGCACGUGCAGGGCGUGGACACGGUCGGACACCGGCUCAGGGACGAGGCCGCGACGGUGAUUGUGGCCAUGAUGCGCGGCGGCGAGCCGAUGGCCAGGGGCGUGCACCAGGUGUUCCCCUUGGCCAGGUUCCUGCACGCCAAGCAAGCGACGAAGCUUGAUCGGAGGGACAUUUCGACGUCGGUCGCCAACGUCCUGCUGGUGGACUCGGUCGUCAACACGGGCAAGAGCAUUCGCGAGUUCGUCGAGCACAUUCGCCGCUUCAAUUCCUACGCCGAGAUUGUGGUCGUGGCUGGUGUUGUUCAGAGCGGUGCGAUUGAACGGCAUGGUUCUGGAGCCGCGCACCUUCGGGGGGUCUUUGUGGGCCAUGGCGACGUGAGCAUGGUGGCGCUGAGGCUGUCCGAGAACAAGUACACUGGACAGGGCGGCACUGACACGGGUAAUCGGCUCUUUAACACGACGCACUGGGCGUAA